AUGGUUGAGCUGAGCGGAAGUGGCCAGCCUGGCAUUAUGCAGGUUGGACAGAUAAAUACAAGUGGAAUGUCAAGCUUAACAUCAGCACCAACAUUGUCCUCGUCGUCAUCGUCAACAGCCGCUUCCUCAUCAACAUCCGGACGCGCUGGCGUACUUGAGACUCAAGUGCGCGGUCAAUGGUAUCGUGUCUUCGUAUCCCUUGAGGAUGACUAUCUCAGUAUAUCAUUGGACGAGAGUUGUGAGAAUAUACUUACUGGAAAUGGUGGACCCCUCAAUGGUAACAUCAACAACAACAACAUUGACAGUCUCAACGAUCCCGAUGUGCCAGACUCAGUGGCCAAUCAAAAGCGCAUUGUCAGAGUCGUCAAGAGUGAUAACAAUGGGCUUGGUAUAUCGAUAAAAGGUGGUAAGGAGAAUAAAAUGCCUAUUCUCAUAUCCAAGAUAUUCAAGGGCAUGGCAGCUGAUGCCACUGAACAACUUUACGUUGGUGAUGCAAUUCUCGCUGUCAACGGUGAAGAUCUUCGCGAAGCAACUCACGACGAGGCUGUUAAGGCACUUAAACGGGCAGGCAAGGUCGUCGAACUCGAAGUUAAAUAUCUGAGGGAAGUGACGCCCUACUUCAGGAAGGCGUCAAUCAUCCAAGAGGUCGGCUGGGAGCUCCAGAGAGGUUUUUUAAGUGCGACACCACCCCCACCAAAGUCACCCCCGAGAGCGGACACUCGUUAUCUACCCCUUCAGCUAUGUAGACUCACGAGAGCCCACCCGUCCUCGGAUCCUGAGGGGAGAAUUUUAGAGCUUCAUUCACCCGAUGGCGUCCACGAGUGCUGGCUAAGAGCAUCUGACAAUGCUGAAGCGAAUGUGUGGUUCAAUGCACUUCACUCAGCACUAGCGGCUCUCACCCUCAAAGCCCUGAGGCUUGCAUCUGCACUACCAGAUCCUCCCCAGCUUCAACACAUUGGAUGGCUCGCCAGGCGACACUGUGUUCAGAACGGUCGUGCCAGCAGUGAGAGCAGUGAAGACGGUGCGGGGAGUAGUGCGAGUAUGUCAAGAGGAGCUGGCAGUAGUUACGGAUGUGCUGGUGGCUGGCGCAGUGUCUUUGGUGCCGUUUCUGGACGUGAAUUGAGGCUGUACGAGUGUGCACCGUGGAGCCCAGAGGCAUGGGCGUCACCAAGUAUCACGUGUCCACUCAUCGCAACCAGACUGGUUUCAUCGCCAACGAGAAACAGCGAAGCGUCGAGCAGCAAUUCGACGAUGCAUGGGGCGACAUUUGCCGUUCGCGUUGGCACUAUAGACGGUGUUAUUACGCAUCACCUCAGGGCAGAGACGCGCAGAGAUUUAGCUGCCUGGGCGAGGGCAAUAGUUCAGGGAUGUCACACAGCCGCACAAUCGAUGCGUGAAUACACAGUUCGAUGCCUGUGGCAGAGUCGGCCCUGUCAGCUCAUCGUCAAUCAUGAGGAGGGCUUCAUGCUUUAUGCAGCAAACACCAGAGGCGUUAAUGGGGUCAGUCCAGGAUCGCCACCAGCACCGUUGUGGAAGAGGUCGUUCGAUAAGCUCAGAAUGUCCGCCGAUGACGGCGCACGACUACUCUGGCUGGACUUCGGCGGCGACGAUGGGGAGAUCGAACUCGAUCUUGAGAGCUGUCCAAAGCCAAUUGUCUUUGUGCUUCACAAUUUUCUCUCAGCGAAGAUUCACCGAUUGGGCUUGACCGCAUAGGGGUACGAGGGGGCUUCGACAGAGGCCCCCGAUCUGCCUCCCCACACCACUCGCUCCGUAACCAGUGUCUUUCUCCACUAGAAACACUUGAGUUCAAUGAGUGGGUGGCCUCUUCAAUCAUUCUUAGUUGACUCUACCGAGGAUCAAGAGGAUUGCAUCCUGCGAUGGGGUAUGGUUUGUCACAUUCCAGAGGAUCACAAAAUAACAAAUGUCACUGAUGACUGGAGAAAAUCUCAAAUCCAGUAGAAAAACUAGUGUCUAAAAUCAAUCGUUCGUCUCUUACUUAAGACGUUUGUGUCCCCAACACUGAGUCAUUCCUAGUGAUUCAAAUUGAGACAUUACUCUUCAAUCAGAAAACUUGUAGCUUGAGAAAUUUUAACAGCAAAAUCUCUUACACUGAGAGAGCAAACCGAGUCAACUAGGUUUUUUAUGAGAUUAUUUUGGAUUUGAGACUACAAAAAUAUUGAAUAAACUGAUUCAUCCAGAAAUUACUUCCUUGUCGUAAACGAGUUCUUCUCAUCUUUAGGACGAGCACGAAAUCUCUUGAAAGUUUUUAUCUCAGCGUAGCAAAUUUCGCGUUUGAAAUUUGCAAGCUACACUGCUAGAUUUUUCUUGAAAUUUCGGUCACAGCAUCAUCUGAAUUUCCGAUGU